UGCCCUGCCAGACUGUUUUAGAUUAUUUGAAGACUGUACUUCAGCAUCACAACCAGCUUAUGGUACCACAGCCAACAGACCAUCCGACUGAGGGGAGCAAGCAGUUGCUGAACAACUACCCCGUCUACAUCACUAGUAAACAGUGGGAUGAGGCUGUAAAUUCUUCCAAGAAAGAUGGACGACGGCUCCUUCGCUAUCUCAUCAGAUUUGUUUUCACAACCGAUGAGCUUAAGUACUCAUGCGGCCUUGGAAAAAGGAAAAGGUCAGUGCAGUCAGGAGAGACAGGUCCUGAAAGACGUCCUCUGGAUCCAGUAAAAGUAACAUGUCUCAGAGAGUUCAUUAGGAUGCAUUGUACUUCCAACCCAGACUGGUGGAUGCCAUCCGAAGAGCAAAUAAACAAGGUAUUCAGUGACGCAGUAGGACAUGCUCGUCAGGGGCGUGCGGUGGGGACUUUCCUUCACAAUGGGAACUCGUAUUACGAAGGGACUGACCAUCCGGGAUCACAGGACGAAGUCUUCAAUAGAGGUAUGCAAGAUGGCUCUGGUGAUUGAUGGCAGAGAGAAGAACCUCAUACAACAGUAGGAACCACUUAAUUUAGGAGAGACUAUUUGUUAAACAUACUUACCUUGCUGUCAUUUAAGAGUCCAAAGCAUGUUUGAAUACAUACUACGUACAUUUCAGCUUCUCCAUCCUACCAUGUCCCAGUUAACAGAAAGAAAUCCAUUUCAAGACCUGCUCUGUGGGACUUCUCAGUGCCUAUUAUUUGCAAAUCCUUCAUAGCACCCUCAAAGGGAAAUUGCAGUUCAUUUCAUCUAGUUCUAGAGGAAAGGUCAUUUAAAAACUAUAAAAAUGUCAAAAGAAACAGCAGCUACUAUCUCCUCUGCCUGUUGAUAACAAGCCCAGGUCUGGACCCAGAACAGCUGGGCACUAUUUGCUUUCCCUGAAUAGGAGAUUUAAGAACAAGUUUGCACGCUUACAACAAAAAAAGAAGUGGUCUUCCAUUUCCUAAAAGAAAAUAACAUAAUUAUAAAUGCUACCUUAAAAUACC